UGUUCUUGGUCACGAACUGUACGUAGCGGUUAAUUAAACGGACGGUUAAUUAACAUAACAGAUGGUGAAGUAAAAAGAAAAUAAAGAAAAAAACUGUAAUAGUAAGAAUAUUAAUUAGUUUUUAAAAAAUUGUAGUUUUCCAUAUAAAACGUAUGCAGAAAUGUAGCUUUUUGUAAAGAAUAGCGAUUUCGAAAAAAAAAAUUUAAGCAAUCUACACCAAUGAGAGAUUUCAUAGUGAUUUUUAAAUGGAGUGAAUUUUUGACGCUCCCAUUACGGUGGUGUGGUGCUGUAAAAGUAGAGCGAUUUAUCGAGAUCUACCCACUUUUAGUUUGCAGGAAUAGUUGGCCAACAGAAAGCAACAACAAAACCGUUGGAUAUAACGUUAUAUGUGCUUAUGGAGUGUGCAUUGAAGUGUUUGUGUCUCAAAGUUUGCAUCUCUUUGUUUAUAGUGUGCAUCUAACUCACCUAACGUUGCAAAAAAGGUGGCUUAAUAUGUAAGAAAAUCAAAAGAAAAGGUAAAUAUAGAGCAAGUAAAAUCAUUGUCGUUUGUGAUCAAGUUUUUCUGCCUGUCUGUUUUUAAGUCUGUGGUAACUGUGGUGCAGUUAAUAUAGCUUUUUGCAUUAAAAUUUGGAAAAAUUAUAAAAUUAAGAAAUCUCAACAAAGUAUAAUAUAUCAACGAAACAAUAUUAAGUGCGCAAAUCUGUAGCAAGUUGAAGUUGCUGAAAUCGAUGCCGAAAAAUGUGAAUAGUGGAAAAAAAAGAAAAAAGUAAAAAUUAUAAUAUUUGUAAAAGCAGAAUAAAAAAGUGAGUGUAAGACCUUAAUGAGAGUAUAAAUUCAACAUAAAUUUUGUGAACUUAAAAUAUAAAAAGUAUUCAUAACACCUGUUUCAAUCUGUUUUAAUGCAAAUUUGUGCUAGUUUCUUACUUCUAUUAAAAACGAAACUCACGUAAAUAUCGUUCGUUGUUUAAUUUAAGCGCAUUUUCUUUUUAUGCAUAACUUCAAGAUAAUCAAGUGUGGUUAAUUGGAAAUAAUUGCGUUCAUUAUACAUACAUACUAGACACUGAGAAGUGGUUAGAAUUGUUUACUUUUGAUCUAAAUAACUUUUAGAAUGUGCGAAUACCGGCGCCAUUGAAUAAUUAUUACUUGUAGCUGUUCAAUUCAAUUAGCAUUCUUGACAGGUAUAAAUUCGGAUUAAAAUUAAUGUCAUUAACAAUUCAUAGUGUGCGCGUUGAAAUGGAAUUAAAGGUAAUUGGAAGCGAUUUCAAGUACAUCAACAAUUCCCUUACGCCAAUUACAAAUUAAUUAUUAUACUAAUGGAGAGUUAAAAAUUGAAACUAAAUGUAGUGGAAUAAAUGAAUUGUAAUAACAACAUAAUCAAUAGAAUUCAUAAAAAGUAAAUAAAGAAAAUUGAUUAAGUUAAACAAGCCAACACCAUAAAGCUGCAAAUAAAAUCAACAAAAUGUGUGCAUACUGAAGCAACAACUCACGUCAAUCACGCAAGCAACACGAAACAGCAAAUAUUUGCCUAGAGCCACGACACACACGCACAACCGUAUCCACAAUAUUCGCGGAAUUGCGUUCAGAGGCCAACGCUGAACAACACUAAAAACGCUGCCGUGCCCUACACAAAGUUAAAUAAGAGCACGCGCCUAAAUGUAUGCAGCGCAACGUGCAACGCAACUUGCUAAAACUAUAACAAUGGCAUGCAGCGUACAAAAGCAACCCACACAACCGCAACAUUCAACCACAACAGCAGCAGUAACAUCGACGACAGUAACAACACCACCAACAAUGGCAGUGACAGCAUUGAUAAGCGCCAACAAUACCAACAACAUAUCCAAUCAAAUGACAAGUGGCGCAGGCAGCAACAGUGGCAGCAAUAGUAGCAUGAGUGGCGCCGGCGGCGGUGUUAGUAUCUUAGCCGCAGCUAUCAGUGACGCGACCACCAAACCGUUGACACCGAAGCCACGCGGCUCAUUACCGAAUGACGCACAUCAGCCGCCACAAGUAGAAUUCCACUGGCCUCCCAAGCCGGUGAGCACGCACACCAGCAAUCUGCGCUUGAAUAUGAUGAAUCAGAAUCCCAAAGACUUACACACGGCACGACUCAUGAUUGAAGAGUUGCGUACGAAGGUGCGUUAUCAGGCCGAGCACAUUAUGAAAUGGCGAAAGACCUAUGCGCUACAGAUACAACAACACUAUCGCUAUCAGAAGGAGAAAAGUGAUCAGAUGAAUACGCUGACCUCUCAACUUCUCCUGCUCGAAUCGCGACUGAAGCGCAAACAAAAGCAGAUAGGGAGUCUGCUCAGCCACCGCGAGCUUACCAUACAGAGGCAGCAAAAAAUCAUUGAUACGUUGUCAAGUCGUCUAUCCGAUCAUGGUCUCGAGACAAUUGAAGCGAAUUUCACCACGGAGCUGGAUUCACUGAACGACUCCGAUUCGGCCGUGGUGUUGGAAGACAUAGACUCGGAUAGCAGCCAUAUACCGUUUGGCGCUAGACGUCGCAGCAGUGGUGGAGGUAGCGGUUUUGGAUCCAAUGCCGGUCAGUGUGGCAGUGAUGGCAUAACAAUUGUACGCUCUAUCUCCGAUGCCAUAGAGACGAAUUUGAAUAAAUAUAGUGGCGUACGUCGCAAUAAUUGCUUUCUGCGCCGUCCGGAAAUAUUGGAAACUGUCUAUUCGGUGGAGGAGGAUCCGGAACCGACAUCUGAUGUGGCCGAGAAACGCGAUAAAUUUCGUACACGUUCGGAGAAGGCUUUAAGUUCGAGUUCAACUGAAGGGCAAAUCGAUAGCAAUUCAUCGCAUGCGCCUACCCACGAACCAACAAUACAUUCACCAGCAGCACCUCUCGCUCAUCCAACACAUACGGAGCGUACUAAAGAGAAUCUUCGCACUACACCAGCCUCGCCACAGCGUCAACUAAGCAUAUCACAACCAUUAGAAUCACCGACCACGGACGGCUACACCGCCUACAGUGUCAAGGUGCCACAAUUACGUACCACAGCCGCCACACCCACGACGGAGAAGCCGUGCGGUUUGGCGGGCGCUGACGUUGAUGGCAGCUCGCCUCCUGCCGUUAAAUCGCAGGUAACGAACUACAAUCGCGUCAUGUCCAACCAUCGCUCGGUGACCAAGCCGAAAGAUGUAAAGUAUAAACGUAUCAACAAAGCGAAGUCAAAGAGUCUCGAAGAACUACGUGGACGUCUAAAAAAUCUGGUUGAGCGUGGCGGUAGUACAGGUGCUGGUCUGGAUGCGCCAGGUGGUGGUGCGCCCUAUCCACACGGUGUAAUGCCACAAACUGCACAGUCAUACGCGUGACAAUGGCCAUCCUAUGGUGGCUCUACCGCUACGCUCGCCGUCAUAGCAGCUACAGCGCCAAUCGCCUCCUUCGAUGCCGAUAUGGACGACUAUGCCGUAGACGAAGAAGAAGAAUGUGAGUGCAUGAAAAUGGUUACGCCAGCACCACAGGGGAUGCAGGCGCAUGCAGAGGCAAAUUGCGAAUGCGUGAGAGAAACAAGGAGAGCGCAACAGCCAGCUCAAGCUCAGCCAACCGCCGUUGAAAUAGAUGUGCCAUCCUUGGAGCUAGAAGGCAAACUGAGCACAUCCGAGGAACAUUUACGCUCGCAACCAUUUUCACCACUUAAACAUUGUAUACCCAAACGUUCGUUGACUCUGCCACGUAUACUUGUGCCGCAGAGCUCAUUCGGUUCGAGUGGUGGCGGUUCGGCUGGCUCGGGACGCAGUGGCGGUGGGCGUAGUGGUUUCUAGCAGAUAAAGAAGUUUUUCAUACGUAAUUGUGAUAAAAAGUAAACAAGCCGACUUUCGCACUCUCGCACCAACUGAAGCUCCUUGCAAUCAUCGUACUCAUUUUUUGAUCUUCAUUGUAGAUAAACCCUGAUAUGUACAUAUACUACACACAUCGUAUAUUGAGAAUAUUGCAAUUAUUUUUGGACUUUUGACUUUUGUAACAUAUGUUUCCUGUUUUUUUCCACUACUACACUAAUUAGAUUUUAAUUAAAAAAUACUGUGUUAAUAUUAAGUUUGCAUUUAUUUUGCAUUUACAUUUAUUCAUACGUAGAAACUUAAAAAAGCAUGCACUAAAUAUCUCCUUAUUAUUCCUUAUGCAUGUGUUUUUAA